GCAACUCAUCAUCAUGUGUAGCUGUAAUCUCUAUCCACCCUAUCAUAUCGCUAUUUUUCGCAAACUUGUGAUGGCCAUCUCAUACAAUAUUAUAUGCCAUAGGAUUCACAUUCAUAAUAACUACUACUACUUAAUGCAUUAUAUUAUAGUAAUAGUUUGCGUUGACAAGUGACGAGAAUGUUUUUGUUGUUUUUUCCUGAUAGCUUCGUUGAGUUCUUGACAGGAUGGGGCUGAUGUGUCAACAACCCAACCCAGAUAAAUUGACAUCCUAUAUACUCAUUGAAAUUAUUAUAUAAAGACUAAAGACAUAUAAAAUCCCCAACUACAAAAAAAGAGAGGAAAGAAUCAAAAUUUUCCUUUUUGUAUAAAUCAAAAAUUGAAUUUGAAUAAAUCUUGAGUUUAUGUGAGAUUGGUGGCCUUAUUUGUAGUGAUCUCAGCAGCCUACCUAUAUAAUGGGAUCAGACCAAGGAGUAUGCAGACAUACAAUAUUCAUCACCUUCUUCAGAUAUUCAUCGUAUAAAUCCUAUAAUUCCUACUAUAUAAAAGUUUAUGACAAUGUCUUUGGCUAUUUCCUUCUCUUCUUGUUUACCUAUCAAAUCCCCCCUCUCAACUUGUGCUCCAAAUGAGGAUGGGUGUAUGAGUGGGAUAUCACAAGGUAGUUUUGGAUGCAGAAGGGUUGUCAAUGGUAAUGGGAAAGUCUUGCUGUCUGGUAAGAAAUUUGAACUGAAUUGCCUCAGAGACAAAGAAUUGGAUGUGAAAGCAUCAGCGUUAGCUGAUAGUGUUGCAGAACUCGAGGAAGAGUUAUGCUGUGAAAGUGGUUUGAAGAUUAAAGAGCCAAGUGUAUCAACAUUGUUGAUGAAUUUUGAAGCAAAGUGUGAUCCUUUUCAUUCAACGAGUAUACCUCUAUACCAAACUGCCACUUACAAGCAGCCUAAUGCUAUAGAAUAUGGUCCCUAUGACUACACCAGAGGUGGAAAUCCAACAAGGGAUGCAUUAGAAAGUAUCCUGGCAAAGCUUGACAAGGCAGAAAGAGCACUUUGCUUCAGCAGUGGAAUGGCUGCUUUGGCUACUGCGACUCAUCUUGUUGGAACUGGUGAAAUUGUUGCUGGAAAUGAUAUGUACGGGGGUUCUGAUAGAUUGUUGUCAGAAGUCAUACCAAAAACUGGAGCCUCGGUGAAAAGAGUUGACACCACUGAUCUAGAUGAGGUUGCAUCUGCAGUCGGACCCAAUACUAAACUCGUGUGGAUUGAGAGUCCAACAAAUCCCAGACAACAAAUAUCUGAUAUCCGUAAAAUUGCAGAGAUAGCUCAUUCUCAUGGUGCCCUCCUGAUGGUGGACAACAGCAUGAUGUCUCCUGUACUGGCACAACCCUUGGAACUGGGAGCAGACAUUGUAAUGCACUCAGCAACUAAGUUUGUUUCUGGGCACAGUGAUGUCAUGGCGGGUGUGCUAGCAGUCAAAGAUGAAAGGUUGGGCAAGAAACUGUAUUUUCUGCAAAAUGCAGAAGGUGCUGGUUUAGCGCCGUUUGACUGUUGGAUAUGCUUACGAGCCAUUAAGACAAUGGCACUGCGCGUUGAAAAACAACAGGAGAAUGCUCAAAUAAUUGCAGAAUUUCUCUCCUCCCAUCCCCGCGUUAAGAAGGUUCACUAUGCUGGUCUUCCUAGCCAUCCCGGAUACUCAUUACACCAUUCACAGGCCCAGGGGGCGGGAUCUGUGCUCAGCUUCGAGACUGGAUCGGUUGCACUCUCCAGACACGUAACUGAAAAUACAAAGUAUUUCAGCAUUACUGUCAGUUUUGGAAGUGUCAAGUCCCUGAUAAGCAUGCCGUGCUAUAUGUCACACUCAAUUAUACCCGCUGCAGUACGAGAAGCUAGAGGUCUAACCCAGGAUCUGGUCCGUAUAUCUGCAGGAAUUGAGGAUGUAAACGAUUUGAUCGCGGAUCUCAGUGGCGGACCCAGUAAUUUUUCUUAGUGGGUUCCUGGUUUUACCUUAUUAAUAUAAAUAAUAAAUAUUUAUUUAAAUAUUAAUAUUUAAAUUUUUGAUAUUAAUAUUAAAUGUUAAUUUAAAAAACACCGGAAACUAAAAAGUAUAUAUUUAGACAAAUAUCUUAAUAAAUACAAGAUUUUAAAUUAUUUCGAAUACCAAUCGCCCAAUAGUUAAUAAGAAAUCUGAAUUAUUGAGGUAAAUUAUGAGUUUGAUAAAUAUUUUAGUGGGUUCCUGCUAAAUUUUAAAUUAAUUUUUAACCGAAAUUUACUUUAUAAUUACACUUUGGCGGGAAGUUGAGUGGGUGCCCGGGAACCCAUAGCCAAGGCUAUGGGUCCGCCCCUGGCGGAUCUUGAUCAUGCACUUAGCACCGGACCUGUGUAGCUUUCAGGAAUUGGACUUCUUGUGGUUUACUUUGAAAUUUGAAUGGAAUCGUGUGGCUGUUUAAUAGCGGGUAUAGUGUUAUUUGUAUAUGUGAAAAUAUAUCAUAUUUCAAAUUUAAAAUUUUCAAUAAUAUAAUUUGAUGUGUCAUUCUAUAUUUUCAA